CCACGCAUCCCUGACCCUGGGCUCCACCGGCAGCCCCGGCAGGAGCCCUCUCCUGGGUCGGCUGGGUCGCCAUCACCCUUGAGAGCUGGCCCCUGGACUAGGCCGUCCAAGUUGGCGUGCCUGGGGCAUUCAGAGGCAUCUCCCCCGCAGCCCACCGCCCAGGGGCAUCUGCAGCCCGAAGGCAGAAUGCUGAAGGGACAGCUUCCCCACGCAGGCCAAGACCUCGUGCCCCACCCAGGGUCCCUGCCCAGCAACGGCUGUCAGGGCCCCGAGAAGAGCCCCGUGCCCCCUCUGAGCCUUCCAGCGGGUAUCGGCAAUGAGGACCCACAAGCCAAGGCAAAACCCUUCACCCCAAAGCCACCGACGAGGCCCAGGCUGGAGCGAGCUCUGUCGCUGGACGAGAAGGCGUGGAGGAGGCGGCGCUUUCGAACCAGCCACGAGGACCUGGCCACGCGCAGUGGGACCAGCCCCUCCAGGGGCUCUUUGCAGGACGAGGCCCCCCAGCCCCCCACCCACACCGGCUCCCCACCCUGCCUGAGCACCUCCUUGCAGGAGAUCCCCACGUCCCGCAGGGCCCAGGGCAGUACGGGAGGGGGCCCCUCCUCCUGGGGUCACUGUAUCUCCGGAAUGAUCAGCACCUCCCUGGACCUCCUGCACCGGGACGGGGCCUCGGCGGGGAGCACCACCAGGCUGCCCGCCGCGGACCAGAAGGCGGCCUCCAACCCGCCGUGGACCGCAAACCCCACCGGCAAGUCCCGCCUGCAGAGCAGACUGUUCCGGGCCCACAGCAGCCUGGGCCCCGGCCGGCCCCCGAGCCCCCUGGCCUGUGAUGCCAAACCCUCCUUCAGCCUCCUGGCACCCAUCCGCGCCAAGGACGUCCGAAGCAGCGGCCAGCGUGGCUUGGGAGCCCUGCUCUUGACUUGAUGCCCUUCAGAGGAAUGGGCUCCUGUUUGCAAGACCGAGAUGUAAGCUUUUCUCAGCGAGUUGGAGCGAGGGGUCCUCGGGAGCCUGGAAGGUGCUAGUGGUCUGUUACACAGCCGGGCUGGGGUGGUUUCUCAAGGACUCUGCUGAACGGCAGCGUUAAGCCUCGGUGGCGGUGGCGGGGCCCGGGCGGCACGGCCACACGCCUUCCCUGUGCCCGA